AAGAUUUAGUGUGACUAAUAAAUAAAGGCAUGCCCCACUAAUUUCUGCACACCCUCAAUAACCAUUUAUGUAAUUGGCUUCAACAUACAUUCCCUUAAUGGUCUUCUUAGUGAUUGUACAUAUGUAUGUAUCUAUGUCCAGCACUUUAAUUUGUUGAUGUCCCAAAUUCUCUCACUAGCUUGAUGGAUGAAACUGAGUCUCACAGUCCCUUAGGCUCACCCACGAUUAGCCCUACGACGACAAGCAAGCCUUGUAGCCCUGCAGAACAUGGCAUGAACUUGAUGGUUGUAUUGGCAGCCAUAGUGUGUGCCUUCCUCUGUGCCCUUGGUCUCAACACAAUGCUACAAUGUGUGUUCCAAUGUGCCAAUCGCGUCCUCACGGAGCCCCUUCAGUGGAUUGCCUCACGCAGGAUCAAUUCUGGCCUAAAGAAGAAAGAAAUGGUGGCUUUGCCAACCCAAACUUAUACCAAUUCUGGCUCUCCAUCUUCACCUUCUAAUUGUGCCAUUUGCUUAGUAGAGUUCUCUGAUGGGGACAAGAUAAGGUCCCUCCCAAAUUGCAAUCACCCUUUUCAUGUUCAUUGCAUUGAUAAGUGGUUGAUUUCUCAUUCUUCUUGCCCUACUUGUAGGAACUUCGUUAAGCCCACUGAUUCGGAUCACUCCUUGCAUGUUCUUGUAUCCUAGUUUGCUUAAUUUAUUAAUUCUACCUUAGCUUUUUCUUAUGCAUAUUUUUCUGUGCUAAGUGACCACUAGUCCACUAGACAUCAAUAUGUGUUAUGGAUUUCAGCCUAAUAUAUAUAUCAUCAACUUAAUUU